GUUUUAGUGACAGAGCAUAUGCCACAUGAUAUGUGCUCCUGAUAUGCAGAGGACUCUGACACCUCCAUUGGAUCUGUGUGGACUCCUUUAACCUACUGAAUCUGUAGAGUGGAGAACAGACAAAGCACAAUCUAUGAUGUUAAAUAGAGUCUCAAACGGAAGGUAACAUUUCCAGAAUAUUCCGCAUGUCGUCGGAAGUGUGUUUACAACUAAAUGUGAUCUUAUGUGGAGAAACCAGUGCCAAUAGUUUGAGGACGCAUCAUCAGUCUGCAAGAAAGCCCACUGCUUUGUAGGAUGGCACAGAAGAAGAAAUUGCUCACAGCGCCACCCGAUGGAGGCUGGGGGUGGAUGAUUGUAGUUGGCUGUUUUUUUGUUACAGUUUGUACACGUGCUGUUACAAGAUGUAUCUCCAUAUUCUUUGUUGAGUUUCAAGUAUAUUUUGGUCAAGAUUAUUCAAGAACAGCUUGGAUACAUUCCAUUGUUGACUGCUCUACUAUGCUGUGUGCCCCCCUUGGAAGCUAUGUAAGUAACCACCUCUCCUGCCAAACUGGAAUAAUGCUAGGAGGACUUCUCGCUGCUACGGGACUAGUUCUAAGCUCCUUUGCUACGAGUUUGGAGUAUCUAUACCUCACAUUAGGAGUCCUCACAGGCGUUGGAUUUGCACUAUGUUACAGCCCUGCCAUUGCAAUGGUGGGAAAGUACUUUGACAAAAGGAAAGCCUUAGCUUAUGGAAUUGCCAUGUCUGGGAGUGGUAUUGGAACCUUUAUUUUGGCCCCUGUGGUUCAGCUGCUAAUUGAACAGUUUUCCUGGCGUGGAGCUUUACUUAUCCUUGGUGGGUUUGUCGCAAAUCUAUGUGUUUGUGGUGCUUUAAUGCGGCCUAUUAACAUUAAGGAAGAGGACUUUGCACAUUGUCAACUAAACCAAGAAAAGAUUCCAGAUGAACCAAAGAAAAACAUAAUUCAAACAUCCACAUGUACAUCGCUGAGCCAGGACUGCACUCAUAAAAGUCUUUGUUACUGUUCUCAGCAGGACUACAGCUUUAUCCUGAAGCCAAACUUCAUCAUACUUGCGUCAUCCUUUCUUUUUCUGGCCUAUGGAUGUAGUCCUCCAUUUGUGUACCUUGUGCCUUAUGCUUUAAGUGUUGGAGUUAGCCACCAAGAAGCCGCUUUUCUAAUGUCUAUCCUUGGUGUGGUAGACAUUGUUGGCAACAUCACUUUUGGAUGGUUAACAGAUAGAAGAGUUUUGAAGAGACAUCGAUAUGUUUGCUACCUCAUAGCUGUUGGACUGGAUGGUCUGUCCUGUCUUUUUCUUCCACUUCUCAAGUGCUUCCAGCUACUUGUGCCAUUUUCUGUUACAUUUGGCUAUUUUGAUGGAGCAUACGUGGCAUUGAUACCCGUUGUGACUGGAGAUGUUGUAGGAACAUCUCAUUUAUCUUCAGCCCUAGGAUUGGUUUUCUUCCUGCAUGCUGUGCCUUAUUUGGUUAGCCCACCCAUUGCAGGUUGGCUGGUGGACACUACAGGGGACUAUACUGCAGCAUUCCUCCUCAGUGGAUUCUCCAUGAUAUUUUGCGCUUUUCUACUGGGUUUUGCAAAGGUCAUUCAGAAGAUUAAGAACAAACAGCAAAAACCAACUGUUUUAGCUUCAGACACCAGGCAGGAAGUUUGGACUAAUGGGGACGCGGUCCAUUCAGUCACAGAAGAGAUGAGCCAAAAGGAGGUAUAGCUGCGUCCUAGUUAGAGGAUUGGCAGCCUCAGGAUGCCAAGCCCCUUCCGAGAAGAGAUGCUAACAGAGAAUAAAAUGGGCAAGGGGCCCAAGAUAUUUAAGACAAGGAGCCCUAGUUAUAUAUAUGUGCAUUAAGCAGCAAUCUGUUUUUAUGAUCUCUCGUGUUUAUUUGCUAUAAGACAUCACUAUUCAAGAUAAUACUUUUUAUAAUUGACUUUUAAUUUGGAAUCUGAAGACAGUUACCCACCUGAAACAGUUUCCUUCUGCACAUCAAAUGCAGAAAACCUGCACUUUACAAUGGACAACAUGGGAAACCACCAUCAGUUUUGUAAGAAUACCCUUAUCAGGGCAAGACGUUUGUCAGAACUGGAAAAUAAAAUUCAGAUCCAUUUUA